UUCAAAAUCAUAAAUGACUAACACCAGUUCUGAAAACAUUGGACAAUCCCUACCUUCUGGAACAAGAGGAGAAACUGUUAAUGUCACAAUGGAUGACCAAUCGGAUCGACUCGUCCUACCUCCAAUAAAUUUUGAAAAUGAUCGUUUUCCUUAUUGCAUCGUUUGGACACCGAUACCUGUCCUCACUUGGUUGUUACCUAUGAUAGGUCAUAUGGGAAUAUGUACAUCUACUGGUAUCAUCCGUGAUUUUGCCGGACCUUAUUAUGUGUCCGAGGACAAAAUGGGCUUUGGAAGACCGACAAGAUAUCUGCGUUUGAAUCCAAAAAAUGUUGCAGGUGGAUCUGCUGAGUGGGAUGAAGCUGUAGCUAAAGCUUCAAUAUUAUACGGAACCCGCAUGCAUAAUCUCUUUUGCGACAAUUGUCAUUCACAUGUGGCCACUGCCUUAUGCGGUAUGCGCUACAAUAAACGAACCAGCUGGAAUAUGGUAGUGCUGUGUCUUUGGAUAUUUGUUUGUGGCAGAUAUGUUGGUUUCUGGGGUUUUAUUAAAACAUGGCUACCGUUUAUAAUUUUCGUCGCGUUGUGCUCGUUCCUGGCAGUGUACCUUUAAGUUUAUUUAAAGGAGCUUGUUUGUAAAUAUUGUUUAAGCUAAAGAAUUUAUUUGCAUAUAUAAAUAUGUAACACAAUAUUAAAGCGAAUAUUAAACUUUGCAAUUCUUUUAUAAGAUUAAUAAAAUAUGGUAUUAGUGAUUUUGUGAUUAAUGUA